GACCUUUAAAAUCCCCCUCUUUAUUUUUCUAUGUUUUUUUCUCUCUGCCUUUGUUGGGUUUUUUCUUCAGUGCUUGCAUAUUUGCAAGGAGAAAUUUUCAUUUUUUGUUUGUUGGUUGUGUGAAAUUUGCUGGGUUUAUGCUAAAAAUGGCUGGAUUUCCACCAAAUCCCGACGACGGUGAACUAUGGCUUCCAUCUGAUUUUUUUUUUUCAACGAAGCAGCUUCUUCAACCUCCAUACUUAGCCGUCACCAUUUCUCUAAUACCACGGACGACCUCGCUCGGCAGUUGGCUUCUCUCUCUCUCUCCUCAAACAAUACCAAAGUCCAAGCCUUUCAAAUCUUUAGAGUUUGCACCGGGUCAGAUUGGCGGUGCGGUCCACCCGGCUUGAUUAAUUGGCCCAGAGGUACUUUAAUCUCGGCGACAGCCAUGGUUUUGUACAAAAAGGUCCUAUUUUUCAUGGGUACGGGACUCAACACCUCAAUUACCACUCUCAGUUCAUGAACCCAGCUCAACUUCUGGUUGGUAGCUUUUUGGAAACCAGAAAUGGGAUUCCGAGGAGACAGCAAAACCGUGUUUUGCCAUUCCAAGGUAGAUGGAAUGGAUCAAUGGGUGGUUUUGGGAGGGUUUGUGGAGGCACAUGCGUGUUUCAUCCCAGGGUUUUGCAUUCCACAACCAUAACCACCACCACCGCCAUAACCAGUAAUCCGGAGGUCGUAAGGAAGCAGGGUUUAAGAAAUAGGGAGGAGAUUAAAGCCAUCAAAAGCGUUUGUUCCAAUGCUGGUUUGCCUCGAGACUGGACUUAUUGAGCCUUUGUGACCUUUCUCUAACUGUGGUAUUCUGUCUUGUUCAUCGAAGAAGAAUAGAAGUUUAAUUAUCUUGAGUUUUGUGCAGAAGAAAUGUAAGAA